GGAUUUCUUCCCUGCAUCUCUAUUGGUUUGUCCUGGUAUACUCUCAAAGAAGAAGAGACGACUGUGUCAGCAUCCAUACGCAUCGCAGUGACGUUUAGUAGUUUCCAGACUUGUAAAUAGGUUGUUCUGUCAUUGAUCCAGCAUCAUGACCCGGCAUGCCAGGAACUGUACUGCAGGAGCAGUGUACACCUACCAUGAGAAGAAGAAGGACACCCAACAGUCGGGGUACGGGUCACAGAGGGCUCGGCUCAGCAAGGACUCCAUUAAGGACUUUGACUGUUGCUGCCUGACUCUCCAGCCAUGUAAAAACCCAGUUGUGACCCCAGAUGGCUAUAUCUAUGAUAAAGAAGCCAUUCUUGAGUACAUACUUCACCAAAAGAGGGAGAUAGCAAGGCAGCUUAAAGCUUUUGACAAGCAGACAAAGAAGCUUAAGGAAGAUGAAGCUCAGAAGCAGAAAAGUGAGAAGCAUUCCAAGAUAAAAGCUUUCGUUGAUAAAGAGAAGAGCAUCGUCAGCAAACCACUCAAUCCCUUCAUUGGAGCUGGACCCUCUAAGACAAAGGAACAGACAGAGCCUGCAGGGGCCAGUGCAGCUGGACCAAGUACAAGUACAGGAGCCACAGGCAAGGAUAAACAACUCCCCAGUUUUUGGAUUCCUUCUCUCACACCGAAGGCAGAGGAGACCAAGCUGAAAAAACCUGAAGAGAAGGUGCGCUGUCCCAUGAGUGGCAGGCCCCUGAAGAUGAAGGACCUGAUCCCUGUAGUCUUCAAACCUGUCAACGACCGGGACAACAAGACAUCCCUCAUCGUCAAACAGGUCCGUUAUGUUUGUGCUGUUACUGGUGAUGCUCUUGGGAACUCUGUUCCGUGUGCUGUUCUGAGGCCAUCAGGCGCAGUGGUGACCAUGGACUCUGUGGAGAGACUGAUUAAGAAAGACAUGACUGAUCCAGUGUCUGGAGACAAGCUUAAAGACAGAGAUAUUAUUCCAAUACAAAGGGGUGGCACAGGAUUUGCUAGCAGUGGAGUCAAGUUGGAGGCUAAACAAGAUGGCCCAGUCAUGCAGGCAUAGUUGUAUCAACAUGUAGGACUCUCUUCUCAUCUCAAAGUCUGCAUAAUGUCACAAACUUUAUGGGUAUUGUGAAUUAAUUGGAAGAUGGCAGUACCUUUUUUUAGCUUUUAUUCUGUCCUUGGUAUAUCCCACAUUGUGUGAAACAUAGCAAAGGGGGCAGGGGUACUGUCAGCACCAGGGACAUGUGAAACAGCGUAAGGGCACAACGCAACACACUCAGUACCAGGGACAGGGAAACUGGGGUAGCACCAAGGACUGGGAAGUACAGUCAGCACCAGGAAUAUGUAAAACACCACAAGGGACAGGGUAACACACUCAGUACCAGGGACAGGGAAACUAAACUGGUGUAACACCAAGGACAUGGAAACACAGUCAGGGACAGGGAAACACAAUCAGCACCAGGGACAGGGAAACAAAAUCAGCACAAGGGACAGGGAAACACAAUCAGCACCAGGGACA